CAUUUGCGACACAGGACAAGGACUAUUUCAACAUGACAAUGGAUCUGUUGAUUCAACAGAAAGCACUGUGAUGUAAAAAGGCAUAAGACCGUUUUUAAGUUACAAGGAUCUAAAGAAAGGAAGAAAACGCAGAGCUACAGACAGAAAUAAGGAAGCAGUGAGAAUACAAAGCUCAGUCCUAUUCACUGCCACACACAAAAUCCCAGCACAGAUUUUAAGAUGAUGUUUUUGCUUGUGCUGAUAAUGCUGACAGCAUGUGCUGCAAGUCCUCAAGAUCUGUCAGGUAAAAUGUUCACCUUCCCACAAGAAACCAACAGAGCUCAUGUGAGGCUGAAUACAACAAUGCAGGAUUUCAGUGCUGUAACCGUCUGUCACAGGUCCUUUACAGACCUCCGUAGAAGCCAUGGCCUUUUCUCUUUGGCCACACCCUCUAGUAACAAUGAGUUCCUGAUUUUCUGGAGUGAAGCAAAUAAGGAAAUGCAGCCACAUAUCAAGGAGGGAAAGGUAGGAUAUGGAGGGUGGGACUACAAGCCAAACAUGUGGCACUCUAUUUGUACCACAUGGGACUCUGCUUCUGGACUGGUGCAGCUGUGGUUUGAUGGACAACCUUCGAUUAGGAAAUUCAUCACCUCUGGAUCAAACAUCAGAGGAUCGCUGAUAAUUAUUUUAGGACAGGAGCAGGAUUCCCAUGGCGGUGGGUUUGACAUUAAGCAGUCUUUCGUUGGCAUGAUGACUGAUGUCCAUAUGUGGGACUACAUCUUCUCCCCCUGUGAGAUCCACAACUAUGUGGAUGAACUAAACUUCACUCCAGGGAAUGUGCUCAACUGGAGGGCACUGGACUUCCAGAUUGUAGACAGGGUGCUAAUAGAGGAUAAAUUCAAGACAUGUCACUGAAAAUUUAAAACAAGACCAUCACAAACCUCAGAAAAUUAUUUCAUAUUUUCUAUGCUAUGUACAAUUCCUGUAGUACAAAUUACCCAUUCUAUAUUAAAUCACUGUUUAGUAAAGAAUAGGUUCUGAUUUUUUCAACUCUAUCUUAAUAAAAUAAUCCCAUGAAAGUUA